ACCAGCUGAAGCAUCGCGCAAGAGAGAAACAUCGAAGGAUGUGAGCGCGCGUGGCUCUUUCCGAGCGGGCUGCAUGAAGCCGUCGGCGGUGUCAUGCGUCUCGCCCCGCAGCCGAGCGCGCAUCAUCCGCGGCUCCUCCUGCUCCUCCUCGUCGCGGUGGCGGUGGCGGCGGGGGCGACCGCGUCCCAGCCGCUGUCGCCGGGCUGCCCGGACCGCUGCGUGUGCGACGAGCAGCUGGCGGUUCAAUGCGCCGGGCGGCACCUGCGCAGCUUCCCCGCGGACUUGCCGCUGGCCACUCGGCAGCUCCUCAUCUCGGACAACUUCGUGGCGGAGCUGCCUCCGCUCGCGCUCAACUACCUGUCGGAUCUGGUCUACCUGGACUGCAGCAACAACUCUUUGACGGAGAUCUCCCAGUCCACUUUCGGGAAUCUCAGGAAGUUGGCCUACCUUGACCUCUCCUUCAACAUCCUGACUCGGAUCGAGGACAGGACCUUCGGGCCGCUGGACGGUCUGGUCAUGCUGCGGCUGACGGACAACCCCUUCCUGUCCGAGAUCCACCGGGACGCCUUUGCGGAGAACCUGGCCCUGCAGGUGCUGGACGUGAGCCGGAACAACUUGACGUCGCUGAACGUCAGCUCCCUGAUCUCGCUGCCCGCCCUGCGCUCGCUGGGCCUCAGCGGGAACCCUUGGAGCUGCCAGUGCGCUAGCGAGGAACUCGGCCUGUGGGUCCGCUCGGAGGCCUUCAAGUUUCAAGAUGAGGGCCAGACCGUGUGCGGUUCCCCAGACGACCUGCGGGGCCGUCGUCUCGGCGAGGCGGCCGUCCAAUUACGGACGUCGUGCCGCCACACUUUAGGUUCCCGGGACUAUCUUUUCUUCGUCAUCAUCGGCUUUGUCAUCUUCGCCGCGGGCACCGUGCUGGCCUGGGUCACGGGGGUCGUCAUGGUGCUCUACGAGCGCUACGUCAAGAAGAAAGACGAGCGGCUGGAACUGGACGAGGAAGAGGACGGGGAGGCGGGGGGCGAGUCGGGGCGGACCGCACGGGCCGGGAGUGACCAUGAGAACGCUUUGUUAGGAGCUCCAUACUUUGCAUUCUCGCAGUGCCUCCCUCCGUGGACCUCCUGGAUGUCCUUCUGCACGGACGGAACUCUCGUCUGAGAGGACGAACCAGCUCCGAACGCACCACGGAGCGCACGGUGACCGUGCUUGCCAACGUGUGACUUGUCCACGUCUCUGUUUGACUGGGAAGUGAACUGCGAGUGAAGCUGAGUCUCUUCAAGCAAGCGCGACCGACUUUACGCGCGAAUCGACGGCAACGGCAAUUGUUAGGAGAACAUUGAUAACAUUUGAUUGAUGGCCCACUACCUCGCAAACACAAACGUACAGCCGACGUCAAUUACACCAGAGGGCUAAAUAGUUGACUUCUGUGUAACUACGUGUACCCUUUCUAAGUAACUCAAGGUAACAAAUAAGUAUAUAUAAUAAGUACAAAUAAAAUGUAAAAGUGUCAAGGGCCCAAAAGCAGUAGAAUCCAGUGACAAAAACAGUGUGACGGUCAGGAACGAAGGAGAAGGAGAUGAGCAAAUUUGCUCUCGGACACGCAAUGUUGUAGUCAAGGUACAAUUUGUCGUUUGAAUAAAGUAUUUGACAUGACAGGAGAAUAUUAUUAAAAGAAUCUUUGGCAAAAAUCUGGCCCCAUCUAAUGUCGCUGAUUCCAUUUUUUACUGGAAUCGGAAAACAAGAAUAGCCA